CUGUAUGGGACGCUGCGGUCGCUCCCGUCCAGGCGGCAUCCAGGCACAAGGACGUCUUCACUGGGCUCAGACAUUACUUUGCUUUCGCGGUAGCGCGGCGCACUGGACGGCGGUCAGCCAGACGACACGCUAGACACGCGUGACCAGUGGGGUUGGUGGGAGUUCUGCGCACACCGGCCCACCAGAAUACAACCGCUAGCUUUGGAAGACCGGUGGAAAAAGUCAGUUGGACGAAGGACUGAGAGAGAGAGAGACAGAGGGAGGGAGAGUUGUGUGAUCGGAGCACAUGGAAUUCCUGGCCUUGGCCCUCAGAGAAAAAGAGAGAAUAUGUCUUCCAGAACCUUGCCAGACUUCACUAGAACCUCACCGAUCAACAGAUCUUCUAGAAAACGAACCUCAAAGAAAGACACAAGACAUUCACAGAAAGAUACUAGAACCUCAGAUGACAAGGUGGGGACAGCAGAACGAAUUUUCUUCUGCCUUCUAUGUUCCUCAUAUAGAGAGGGACCCUGCUGGCUGAGAGUCCUGCUGUGCUGCCUCCGACAGAACUGAAACCCGGCCUUCAUAGGAAAGGGGACAGCGUUUGUUAGGACAGCUGGGAGAACGCUUUUGGACCUCAUGUUUGUGAACUGGAUAUUAGUUUGGGAACUGGAUUGUCUUGUGGACAUGUUUAGCUCUAGAAUGGGUUAAUUUCCGGAACAGCUCCAGUUCCAGAACAGGUUUGGAUCUGUAACCGAUUUUUCGCCUGGAACCGUUUAAGUUCUAAGUGUGUGUUCUCAGAGUGUGAGAAAGAUGCCUCCGAGUUCAGGCUGAGAGACAGAGAGACACGGGAGAUGGGCUGAGAGACAGAGAGAGGAGAAUGGGGAGAGAGAGGGGGAGGGAGAGGGGGAGGGAGAGGAGGCAGCUUGUUCAGCUGGGCGAGGGCUCGUACGGUUAAACCCCGUCGAGGGACGGCUGACGUGGCUCUGGCCCUUCUCUCCAACGCACGUCGGGUCCGGGGCCAGAGGCUCACACACACCCUCCCACUUGCUGCGACCAGUCUCAGAUCACUUGUCGUAACCGUGAGAGCUUUUACACACACACACACACACACGGGCACGCCCACGCACGCAUACGGGCCAUCUGUUCUGGGACCGGACCCGAGCGCUGCACACGCGCUCGUACUGUACAGACACGGUGCCUCCAUGCAGUAGUCUACCUCAGAGCGACGGGCCGAUCCGCUACUCCGGCUGUUUAUCUGCACGACCGUCAUCAUCAUCAUCAUCAUCAUCAUCAGGUCUAAGUUAUGAGGAUUCGUCAAGUCCAGCUGUUGAAAUCAUCUGACCUGGGUCGCCACAGUCUUCUCUAUCUGAAGGAGAUAGGACAUGGCUGGUUCGGCAAGGUCCUCCUGGGGGAGGUGAAUGUGGGCCUCAGUACCACCCAGGUGGUGGUCAAGGAGCUGAAAGCCAGUGCCAGUGUCCAGGACCAGAUGCACUUCCUGGAGGAGGCGAAGCCAUACCGCACCCUCCAGCACUCAGCCCUCCUGCAGAGCCUGGCGCAGUGCUCCGAGGUCACACCCUACCUGCUGGUCAUGGAGUUCUGCCCUCUGGGCGACGUGAAGAGUUACCUGCGCAGCUGUCGGGCAGCUGACGCUGUGAUCCCUGACCCUUUGACCCUGCAGCGAAUGGCGUGUGAGAUCGCUUCAGGCCUGCUGCAUUUGCACAAAUACAACUUUAUUCACAGUGACCUGGCCUUAAGGAACUGCCUGCUGACCUCAGAGAUGACUGUGAAGAUAGGAGACUAUGGCCUCUCACACAGCAGAUACAAGGAUGACUACUUUGUGACUCCAGAUCAGAUCUGGGUGCCGUUGCGCUGGAUCGCUCCAGAGCUUAUUGACGAGGUGCACGGUAACCUACUAGUGGUGGACCAGACCAAGGACAGCAAUGUCUGGUCUCUAGGUGUGACUAUCUGGGAGCUCUUUGAGUUGGGCAACCAGCCGUACAGACACUACACUGACAGACAGGUCCUGACAUACGCCGUGAAGGAACAGCAGCUCAAACUAACCAGACCCCGGAUCAGAGGACCCCUGGCUGAACGAUGGUACGAGGUGAUGCAGUUCUGCUGGCUGCAGCCGGAACAGAGACCCAACAGUGAGGAGGUUCACCUCCUGCUGACCUACCUGUGUGCCAAGGGGGCCAACGAGGCCAAGGAGGACUUCGAACAGCGAUGGAACUCCCUGAGACCCAACCUGACCGGCAGCUCCUCCCCAAGCCACGCUGCCCCGGCACCCCAGUCAGCCGCCAGCCCCGUCCCGGCCCGGACACCCAGCCCCGGGGACGUGGAGCCGGCCUCGGCCUCCCGCAACUCCUUCCCUCUCCUGGAGCAGUUCUCCCAGGACGGCUUCCACUCGGACGGAGGCGGCGACGACAUCCUGACCGUGACGCAGACCAGCCGAGGCGGGCUGAACUUCGAGUACAAGUGGGAGCAGGCCCGGGCCGAGAAGCCCUACUGCUCCUCCUCCACCAGCGGCCCGCUGGGCCAGGGGAACCCCCACUACCAGGACAUCUACUACCCGGUGGGGAACGCCUCCACGUCAGGCAACUGUAGGGCCGAGAGGAGCGGUCUCGCUCUGGGGGUCUCGCCGUCUUACUACGAGCCGGACCGCUCCGGGUCGGGGGUGGGGGUGGUGCCGGUGCUUAGUGCCCACAGCCCGUCCGUGGGCAGCGAGUACUACAUCCGCAUUGAAGAACCGGCUGAGUGUAACAUCCACCUGGAUGACAGCUCGGUGGACUACAGCCCCGGCUUGGAGGCUGAGGACGGGAGCCUCUCGUCGGGCAGCAAUACCCCGAAGCCCCUGGCGCAGACCCGCGCAGAGCCGAGUGCUUACUGGUCCGCAGCCUCAGCAGCCAACGGGGACAAACGCGGCGCUUACGACUCGGACGACAGCCCGGGAGUGUCCCUGACCAUGGAGCCUCUCCUGAGACAGGGGGCGGGCACAGCCAGUCCCGUGGAGCUUGGGCAGUCCCGUCGCUACUUCUCACCCAAUCAGAGUGAAGCGUUCCGUUGCGAAGAGUCGCCCAUUGCAGAGACAAGCUGCCGGUCAGAGGAGGACACCCCCGUAGCAUCCCAGCGGGACCAACGUCAGCCAAUGGGGAGGCUGGAAACCCCACUGGGGGUGGGCUCUCACGCCCAGUGUCUAAGCAGCCCCAGUCUUGGACACUGCGACCCAUAUCUCGAGUCCAACAAGGGUCUAACCACCUCAGCUAGGAGGACGGUUAGCGAAGGCUACUAUGACAUGAUUGGUCCCCUCAGGAAGACUUUGCCCAUGGGUAACCAUAUUAGCAUUGAUAUAGACACAGGGAACGGGGGACUCUUGGUGGGGGGCAGAAUGAGUGGAGAUAGCGAUGCCGGGGAGGUUGACGAUGGUGACGGCCUCUUCUCUGAGCGAGAAGCCACCAACUGGACCUCCAACCGCUCGGCCAAUAACAACAGCAUGUCGUUUGACCUUAGGCAGACGGUCCAAUCGCAGGACAGCUACCUGGACUUCCAAUACAUCAACACCAAUGCCACCCCCGCUGCUAACACAACGGACCCGUGGCCUGCUAGCGUGGCUAACAGUCAGAACGUAUUCAAACGAGGCUCAGAAACGUUUAGCUAUAUGGAAGCUACAGGGAGAGAGAGUGGUGGCUUUUCUUCUUCGACUAGAGCCAGUGAGAGUGGUAGCGGCAAUAUUUCUAUUCACCUGUGCCACACAGCUAAAGAUAAAGCUGUGUCAGACAGGCCUGCUGUCACCCAACCCUCUACCGUAGACCAUCUAAGAGGUGUUCCUGUCACCCAACCCUCUACCGUAGACCAUCUAAGAGGUGUUCCCGUCACCCAAUCCUCUGCUUUUGAUUCACUCUCCAGCUCUUCAGUUGUCAAGAAUUUUUACUUCAAGGGUGCCAUCCCCACCACCAAAACUGUAACUACGGUGUCUGCUGAGGGACACGGACCAACCCCUGCUGCGUUCACUGGAGAGAGGCUUUUCUCUCAGCCAAAAAGCAUCCCUGAAUUGGGCUACAUCCGAUCCCCUACCACUUACAUGGAGCCUUACUCACACUCAGGCCUCGCACCUAAGGUCGUCCUCACGGAAAAACAGAGGGGUAAUGUUUGGGAGAGAACUUCGCACGUUAAAGAAAUUCGAGGUCCAGUGGGAGUAAUGGCUGGCGGUGUGCUGGAGAGUACGGUGGACCUGGGUUUGGGCCACCCAGAGGGGAUUUUGCUGGAGCCAGUUGGGUCCCUUUUGGAGGCGAGCCAAGGGCUGGACAGUGGGUUGGAGAUGGCCAAACUCUCCAGCCUCGGCCAAGCCGACGUCAGCGACUGUAGCUAUGACUACGAGGACGACGACAUCACCGACGUCACUUCAGGAAUCUUUGCGGAUUUCUCCCUGGAAAACAUCGAUGACGCCGUCGGCGAUGAGCUAAGCCCCGCCCACCAUCACCAUGGCGAGUGCCCUACCCGGAACCUUAGGGGAACACCCGAGUCGGUGGACACCCUGAACAUGUUGUCGCCGUUGUCGUCGGUUACUGGCGCCAGUCCCUGUGAGGCCUUCAGCCCCGGUGAAGUCUUCCUCCACACCUUCUCCUCUCUCAACUCCUCUUUCAACUCCUCAUCCCUCCUUCCUAAGUCCCUCGACAGUGGUUACGACACAGAGAACAACGAAAGCCCAGAGUUCAUGUUAAAGGAGGGAAGCGGUAACGCGGAAUUCCUACUGGACUCGGAAGGAAACCACCACAACCCGGUCCUCGGAGGAAGCCGGCCGGCCAUCGGCGGUGGGAACCUGAGGUCGGACGAGAGGGGGCAGGAAAUGGUCCUUCAACAGGUUGACCUAGGUGAUGGGGUCGGAGUGUCUAUGACCGCUUCCUGCUCCGUUGGCGCUGAGCUGCACGUGAAGGCACUCGGCGACAAAAACAGGGACUCUGCAUACUUCUCCGACUAUGACGCGGAGAACGAGAAGAGUCUGCAGGACGAGCAAAGUAGCUUCUUCGUCAGUCCAGGUGGCGAGAAGGACUUUGUGGGGCGACAGAGAUCCAGGUCUUUGCGGAGAGAUGAACGUCAAUCCCAGGUAGGGAUUGACCUAAGGCCAAACGCUAGCGGAGUGGUUGUGUUCGACAUCGCCACAGGUCCCGAGCCUUCCCCCACACCUACUUCCGGCCCUGGCCUCUCCAUCCUGGCCCCGUUCCCCCCUCAGAUGGGGGGCUGCCUGGCCAAAGAGUCAGCCCCCGACGAAGCCGUAGGCCUGGACUCCGAGCACAGCGGUGAGGAGCCAGCGUCCGAGUGCAGCUCCGCCGCCGCGUCGGAGGGGUCGUCCGCAGUACUGGAGGCUUCAGGCCGACCCUCCGAUCAGAACAACCGAAACCGGGCCGCGGAGGACGACUACUCCCCAAUCCAGUCCCUGGGCUCCGACUCCCCCAUCGACUACAGAAAGGAGGUGGAGAAGGAGAGGGAGGAGGGGGAGGGAGAGGAGGUGUCCACGGAGGAAGAGGACAUGCCCGAGUUCAAUCACGUCGACGAGGAUGGCGAAGAAGAGGGGAGAGGCGGAGAAGAGGAGGACUUUGAGGAGAUAGAGGAGGGGGUGGAGGACGACUGUAGUGGCUCAGAGGCGGGAUACAGCGGAUGCCCGAACAGUACCAUGGGCCUCUCCUCCUCCCCGUCACUCCUCUCCUGCUCACCGUCCCUCCAGGAGCUGUGCCGGGAGGUGGAGAGGCGAGCUCCUCUAACAGAGGGCGAGGAUGAGGAAUCGGAUGACAGUGAGUCCGAUGAGGAGCUGCGGAGCUACAACCUGCAAGAGGCGCUGAGUGAGGAAGACAGUGAGGAGGAGGUGAUGGGGGUCCCGGUGGUGGUUAGCGACCAUAGCGGGGCCAGACAUCUGCGUAGUCUCCUGAAGAUGCCCACGCUCCUCACGCAGUCAUUCUGCGAUGAGCUGGAGAGCAAGAAGAAAGCUGUGUCCUUCUUUGAUGAUGUCACAGUAUUCCUCUUUGACCAGGAGAGCCCCACAGGAGAAUUGGCAGAUUUCACGUUUCCCCCGGGUGCAGAGCACAGCGGCCAGGCCUCGGGUGCGGGAACCUUCCGAUCGGACCUGCACUCCCACCCCACCAUGGGUCACCACCUCCACCCCGACCAACACUCCCUGAAGCGGGCACCACAUGCCUCAGAGGACUCAGACGGCAACAUGUCAGAAGAAGGGGGAGGUUUUGACUGGGAUGAUGACAUCCCGCUGAUGACCAGCCCGUUGUCCAGCCCAUCUACACCAGAGUCCCCGCCCAACGUCCCAGCCCCCGUCUCCGUCCCGCCCCCCGCCACCAAGGCUCAUGACGACAAGCCGGUAGCGGCGGCGUCCCAGUUCUCCCGUUUCAGUGUGUCCCCGUCCCGCUUCUCCAUCACACACGUCCCGAACCCAGACACGAACCCGGCUGGAGGGAACAGUGAAGGUGACAGAAGGGAAUGAGAGACACAAGGAGGUCCUUUCUCCGUGACAGGACGAGGGUUGAUUCCUCUUCUAACAGUGUGGCUACCAGUCCUUCAGACGAAUAUUUCUCCAGACCUGGGGCGUCCAGGCCUAGUUGACCCUCUAUGAGACAGUGCCUCGUAUCGUAGCGAAACAACGACUGCAUCCAAAAUGGCAGCCUUCUCCCUAUGUAGUGCCCUACUCUAGGGCCUUGGUCCAAAGUAGGGGACUACAAAGAAUAUAAGGUGCCAUUUGGAAGACAGAAAAAAAAUGUAUGGUUUAUUAUUACUACAGAGAGGAAGAGGUAGCUUUAAGAAUUAUGACAGUUCUAACAGGACAACAACGAAGCAAAAUAAAUAAUAUUCGGUAUUUGCAGAAACAAAACAAUAUAGAUGUAUUUGAAACAUAACAUAUACUUAUGACAAUGAUUAACUUAUUUGCAAAAAAAAAAAAUCAACAUCAAUGUUUGUUAGCGACAAUUCAUUUUGUGAAACAGUAAAUAGACAAGAAAAAAUUUCAAGUUACAUUGCUGCUCACUCAUUGGCUGCCCAGGUCCUCUAUCUGCUUGUUCAUUAGUUGGAUCUUUUAGAACACUUACAGCUUCUCCUUACAGCCAACGGACAACGUUGGACGAUCAACCCAGGGGAAGCUGCUGAAUGCUGGUGUCUAAAGAAGACGACAAAUCCCCACCCUAUAAAACGGACAGAGGAUGUUGCUGGAAAAAGGGUGGGGGUGCCUUGAAACCUACUGGGCACUCUGAAAUAACACAGCCCUCGCUAAAACCACGGAAAGUUAUAUGGAAAGGCUUUGUUGUUUUCCCAGGGAUGGUACUUUUAUCAAGAACGUUCUAGUUCAAAUAUUGAAACAGUAUUAAUCUGAUGAAAGAAUAUAUUGAGAACUAGGAAACACUUAAGGGAAUUCCUUUUAAUUUCAGUCACUUCAGCUCACAGCUGUCCAGACUUUUACAUCUUGCUUCAAUGCACUUUAUUAUUACUUACACUUAUAUUAUCAUGAUUAGUAUUAAAACUCCAGUAGAUAAGCUCGAAAUGUUAUCGCGUUGAGAUAGACAUAUGAAAAUUGGCACAAAUACAUUUUGUUGUGCAAAACAACCGUAUAUAGUGCCAUUUUAACCAAGCCUUGUGGGAGCCUGUCAGUAGGGCCAACAAACUGUAGCUCAGUGGUUCUCAAACUGCGGUCCGCGGGCCAGAUUGUAUAAAUAUAGUGACAUUUUUACAUGCCUUUUUUUCUUUUUACCAAAAAGAAAAAUAACAUAUGAAACUGAUUUUGGUCAAGGGAUCUGUGUAAUAAGCGUAUGUAAUAAGGGGUUGUAAUACAACACAACACAAUAUUAUUACUCAAAAAUCAAUGCAUCUUCUUAACCCUGGGCAACCAACAUUAUCCUGGGGUGGCUCACAGAUGUGCAAUUCACCAAUCAGGUUUUCAAUGUAAUACAUAUUGUGUUCCCCUAAAUUUUAUCGUUUACAAAAUUCUCUACCUCAAUGGCAAAUAUAAAAUUGCAGGCCAGUUGGAAAAUGUUUGACAGCUGGAAAAUGAAGGCUCGGUUGCCAAGAGGUACGCAUUUUAAAGUCUUUGCAGGGAAUUUGUUUGUUCCGUCAUGCUCUGCUUCUGUAAUUUGGAAAAACCUUACUAAUGCAUACUACUGUAAUUUUCUCUCAGCCGAGUAGGGUUUUAAUUACAGAAAGAUCCCUAAAGAUUUGUCCAUCUCAGUACAGGCUCCCUUGCCCUUAAAUGUUUGAGAACCACUGCUGUAGGUCAAUGACUAACAUGCAUUUACUUGCAUUUCUCUUUUCAGUCAAGCCUGUGUUGGUUCUACAUGGCCUCAAAAUGUAUCAUCUAGAACACUGUAGUGUACAUGUGUAAAUCUGUGACACAACAGCAGAACAUACAUUAUAGGGUCAUGUUCAUUAGUUACCAAACUUAAAAAAAAAUCAGAACAAAGAUGUUGGGAUAACCGGGCUGGACAUAACUUCUUUGUUUUGUCACUAGCCUUAAUGAAUACAACCCAUCAUCUCUGUUUGUGAUCUUAGGGUUCAGUAUUUAACACAACACAUAAGCGUAUUAUAACGCAUUAUUAAGGAACUUAUGAAGCACUGCAUCUGUUGUCAUAGAAAGUGUUACAGUUCACCAGUCCAAGUGGUUCAUAUACUGUAUUUAACCAGGAAUUCACUGACUAGAAUUCAAUGGAGAAAAAAGAGCAGGGAAAAUCAGAUUGGGACCUUAUCAGUUUAAAGUGCAAUACACUGGACAAAGGCCUAUAUAGCUGGGAUCAAAAGUAGCGCACUACAUAGGGAACAAGGCCCCAUGUGGGAUACACGGUUUCUAAUAAUAUCCCUUCUGUUUGCUGUACACUGACCAAACAAAGGCUUCCACAACAGUUAUUUGUCUGGGAAUCAUUUGAAUGACCCAUUUUUGAGGAGCCAGGUAAAACCCUGUUGGUUCUAUGUAGACCUCUUUCCACAGAUGGCUCUACAUGGAACCCAAAGGUGUUCUAUUUGGAACCAGUUAGUAUUCUACCUUGGGGAGAAUACUCAUUUUCCUAGCCCUGGACUAUAGAAUGCCUGUUCCAUAUGGAAUUGUGUCUGUCUGGAAAACAAGCCCUGUGUUUGAAUGCAAGAGCACCUUUCAGUGAAAUUCCAUGUCUACAUAAUAUCAAACAUGAAGCUGUGAUUGUCAGUGUUAUUUUCUCUAGUCUACCCAGUCUCUAAUGCAUAUCUAUUUUAUUACACUCUAGAGAUGGUUACCUGUGCAGGUGUUCAAAGUGUACAGUCCCUUAAUGGAAAGAGAAAGAUGCAUAUUUCACAUUCUGUAGUGACGUGUGGAUGUGAUCAACACUUUCCAUCCAGAUUGGUUCACUUGGUUUUGUUACUGCUGUUCUGACUCCUCCCUCUGCUUCCAGAGCCAUGUAGCCAAUCAGACGUCACCGAGCAGUGCUGCAGAUUUAGGAUUGGUUCUGCCUUUUAGGUUACACAUUAAUUCUGAUCACACAGAAAGGGGGAGACCAGAUCCUGGACCAGCACCCCUACGCUGGGAUACUUGAUAUUAUAUAAGCCUCUUAUCCUCAGUUUCUGAAAGUGCCAAUUCUGUUCUUUGUAAUCUCUUCCUCUUUGUGCGUCUAGGUUGUUUAAAUAUUUGCCAAAGAGGUAUGACAGUGACUUAUAGCGGAGACAAAUGGAUGGUACAUUAUGCUAGUUGAGAGGUCUGCAGCAGAGAUGAGUUGGUCCUCACCCCAGUAGUAACAUCACCGUCGUCAUCACUGUAGGUUCAUUCUAGCCUGGCCACAGAUCAGCUCGUGCUCUUGCCAUCUCAUUGUCAAGCCAAAUUAUUGGACGGUGCAGUUCCGUAAGGCAGUGUUUCCCAAUCCUGGUCCUGGGGUCCCAAAAGGCAUACACUUGUGUGUGUGAAUUCUAGGGCAAAAACAAAAACAUGUACCCCUUUGGGUCCCCAGGACCAGGACAGGGAACAACUGCCGUAAGGUGUUGAGAAGAGAGCAGAACGUUAUCCAGGCUAGAUCCACUCCUCAAGGCCCAUCCUAGGUUCACGGCUGUCAUGCUACAGUGUAAUUCAAGAGAAAUAAAUCAAACCAGUUUUUUUCCCCCUCUCGUGUCUGUCACAUUUAUAUUGCCGUUGACUACGACUCAUUUUUGUAAAUGUCUGAACGUGACCUUGGUCCCUACAUUUUUUUUUUUUUAUUUACUCAUUGGCAAGCCAGCUGGACUUGAAAGCCAACUGGUUGUUUACAGCAUUUUACUCCCCCUCCCCCAGUCUAUAUUCAGCCUGUUCUUAACCCCGGAGAACUUAACCCUGAGUGAGUGAGAACAUAACCUCACUCAAACAGUUCAUAUGUUGAGGGACUGGGAGAGAGAAAAAUAUCUUGACUUGACAACCUUCCUAAUGAGCUGAGGCACAUGCACAUGUUAAGGACUGCAUGUAGACACAUGUCAUUCUAAUCUAGUUACUUUAAUAUAUUUAGUAAUCACUAGAACCUUUUUUUUAAAUACAGUUUUAGGAUUUGAGGGAAAAAAGCCACAGCAGAAGAAACCAACCAAUUGACUCCGUUCCGAAUGGUUCCGUUAGCCAGUAGUUUUAUAAAUCUAAGGGGCGUGACACAGUGUAUGAGACAAUGACCGCUAGGUGCUGAACUAACAUUCAUGGCUCGGCACACUUCUCCGUGUUGAAAAACACCCCCUGACACGGAGUCAGAAGAUGGAAGAGACAAAUCACAUUUCUAAAGUUAAAUAGUGCAGUCAAUCAAAUACUUAAAUACACAUUGAACCACAAAACCAGGUGCACAAAUUCCUAGAAUUACUAGAAAUACUGCCUUACUUCUGAUUCAUAAUGCAUGUUAAUCAGGGCUGCCAAAAUACAUCUAUACACUCCACACUUUGCAAACUUCAAAUGUUCACAUUAGUCUUUUUAAUGUUUACAUGAGAAACAAUGUAUAAGAGUUUAUUUCAGCCUGCUAACAAGCCAUCAUACAGUUUCACUUUUGCUUGCUUGUAUAUUUCUUUUAUCUGUUGGAAAAAAAUGAUGACCCGGUUCUUCGUCCUUUGUUCUUGAUAAGAAUUGUAAUUACACGUCCAUCAUUUCACCAAAAAA